AUGGUUAAUCUUAUUAUGGAGUGUGUAAGUACAGUUACUUAUGCUCUACUGAUUAAUGGAGGCUUAACCCCUAGGUUUCAGGCAAGAAAAGGUUUGAGGCAAGUUGACCUUAUGUCACCUUACCUCCUUGUAUUGGUGAUGAAAUAUCUGAACAGAUCUUUGAAGCAGCUCAAAUCAAACCCAGACUUCAACUAUCAUCCUAAAUGUUCAAAGUUGGGAGUGGUACAUAUUUUUUUUGCUGACGACUUGUUGAUGUGUUGUCGAGCAGACAAGGUGUUUAUUAAUCUUACGAUGAAACAAUUUGAACACUUUUCUGCUGCCUCAGGAUUGCAAGCAAACAUGGAGAAAAGCUCACUGUAUGUAGCAGGUUUGUCGAUCAAGGAUGCAACCCGUCAAAUAUUUAGGAGUGUCAUUGUCUUCCAAGAAGCUCACUAUCAGCCAGUGUAUGCCAUUGUUGGAUAG